AUGUGUCGGCAGGAGUUAAAUAUCAUCGUGACGAUCAAAAGAGCGCGUCAAGUAUGUUUCCAAAUAGCGCCGAUGCCAAAAGAGAAGCUACAAAGCAUCGAAGGACUCCAGUUGGGACAGAUUUUGGAGGAAUCCCCUCGUAUGAAGUGCAAAAAGUGCGAAGAUCCAGUCGAGGUGAACCUUUUCUACACAAAAUCCGAAGUUGUGAUAGAAAAUUAUGGACCAAAAGUCAAAAAAUCAACGGUUGAGGUCAAAAAAGAGGAGAAACCACGGAAGAAAAGACAAAAAAUCGAACCAAAAUUGGAGCCGGAGAUCGUAGAAGUGAAGCAAGAACCCGAAAUCGAGAUAAAAACUGAGCCUGAAGUGGUUUUUGAUGAAGUUGAACAGAAAAAUGAGUCAGAAGCUGAGUCAGAAAAUUAUGAAAUCCCCUCUUGGUGUGCGCCAAAAGUCGAAGAAACGAAGAAAAAACGCGAACGGAACAAAGAUUCGACCAAAAGGUAUCGGCGUCGCUUCGUUUUGUGUCACAUUUGCUCCAAAGAAGUUCGUCAAUGCCAGUUGAAAGCGCAUCUCGUCAAACACGAAGUCAAUUCCAACAAACCUUACGGUUGCAACGAAUGCGGAAAGUAUUUUUGUCACUAUCUCGUUCUCCAAGAUCAUCUUAUCGCGAAACAUUUCCCUUGGCUCGCUCCUUUUUUGUGUCCGCAUUGCGCAACGCCCUUCGCCCGUCAAGCGCAUCUCAAGAAACAUCUCUACGACAAACAUCGCAUCGGCCCGACGCAAGAAGAAACCUGUCCGCACUGCAAAAAAGUCUAUUCCAGCAAGGGAAGUCUCCGAACUCACAUCGCUCACAUGCAUUCCGAUCCGGCGCAACGGAAGCAAUUUGUGUGCAACGAAUGUUCGAAAGUUUUCUUCAAAAAGGGACAUUUUGAACUACAUGUGCGGAUUCAUUUGCCGGAGGAUCAGCGACCGUUCAAGUGUGAAUGCGGCAAAUCGUUUAUAAAUCCCGCCAAAUUUCGCGAACACAAACUCGAGCAUGAGAAUCCAGCGAAAAUCGUUUUGCACACGUGCGAAGUUUGUCAGAAAAGUUUCAAAUAUUCGAAUUCGUUGUUGGUUCAUAUGAGGCUUCAUACGGGCGAACAACCCUACGAAUGCGAAUUUUGUCAGCGAAAGUUCAGUGAUCGAAGUAAUCAUCGGGCCCAUAUGAAACAGCACGAAAAUCAAAUGGGCAUAAAAUUGACUCUGACGUCAGAGGAAAGGAGAUUGAUAAAUCAUAAAGUGCUGAAACCAGAUCAAGUAUUAAACAAACCCUAA